CGCGCCGCGCCGGUGGAUCAAUCACCGCCCGCCGCGGGAAAUUUCAGAUCCGGUUCGCUUUCCACGGCUGACGUCAUUACCGUUCACAAUGCGCUAGGGGUGAUGGAGACAGUGGGCAAGCAAGUUCAGGUAGUGAGUGGAUUGGGGGUGGGGGGUCCAGUGGGCCCUGUGGGCCCAGUGGGGGCAGAUCUGCAUCAUCAUCAUCACCCUCACCCGCACGCCCAUCCUCCACACCCGCACACCCACCCCCACGGUCAUCCCCACAGUCACUCGCUCGUCGGCGCGACGUCGAAUCCUGGCAGGGGUCAGGCCCAACCACCGGUCUCGCAUAACCAGCACCUACCUGCGAGGUCCACUCCCGUGCAGCUGCACAGGCCGACACAGAACUAUGUCAACAUCAAGAGCAGCAGCCCAGUGUCUCCGAGAACGGUAGGAACGGGAGCGACGUAUGUGCAAGGUGGUGCGGCCGCAUCGUCCGCGGCGGCAGCGGCCGCGGCCGCAGCCGCGACUGCGGGCGGUCCCAUCGUCGCCACCGGCGGAAUCACUACGAGCAGCGGCGUGGUCGGCGUUUCGAGUGUUCUGUCUGCGGGAGGCGGCGGUGCGAACAACAGCGGUGCGAGCAGCGGCGGUGGGAACAGCGGUGGUGCGAGCAAUACCGGAGGCGGCGGCAGCGUCGGUGACCGAAGUGGAGCCGGCGGUGGUGGCGGCGGUGGUCCCACCGGCGGCGCUUCUUAUGUCGCAGUGCCGAUGCCCGGUAGUCUCCGUUACAUCCAUUCCUAUCCGCCGACCUCGGUGACGGCGUCGGCAUCAGGCUAA